AUGAGUGCGGUACAUUUGAAGAACAUGGGCAAGCUGGCCGACACUGUGGUGCAGUACGCAGGGCCCACGGUUUCUAAGGUGCCUGCUAAGUAUGUCCUACAAUACGCAUUUGAUUGGUUGCUGGCGGUGGUUCUGGGCUUCACUGGAAAAUACAUGGAGUACAAUGUGGAUCCUUUCUACCGCCAAUUCAACACAAUGGAUGAGCGGAUCGGCCAUCCAUUCACCCAGAUUGAACAGGUACCAGACGCAAAACUCUACCUCUUCGCGAUAGGAUUUCCUCUCGCAGCCAUCAUAGCUACAACUAUUGGAUCGAAGAUCAUAAGAAAAGCAUUGACCUACAGACGCGGAUUUACGGAUUCGGAUUCGCAAGAAGGUAUUAGCAAAGCGCAUCUUCUGCAUGUGUCAGUGCUGGCCCUUACGAUGGCCCUUGGUAUCACUGGAGUUAGCACAGAAUGCCUGAAGGUGAUGAUAGGAAAGCCACGUCCAGAUUUUCUUGUUCGGUGCAAACCCAAACAGGGAACGCCGUUGUCGGGAACUGUCAGUGUCAAUGUGUGCACUGCACCUUUGGGAAAGGCCAUUUUGAGGGAUGGCUUCAAGUCGUCACCCUCUGGCCAUUCUAGUAUUGCAUUUUGCGGUCUUGGUUUCCUUUCCUUGUGGAUUUUGGGCCAAUCGGGACUGUUUGGGCGCAAAAGCAGCCAGUCAAGACACAUUUCUGUCCACAUACGAUUGAUUCCACUGCUGCCGGUGUUUCUUGCCACCUGGAUCGCAUUGACGCGCACCCAAGACUAUAGACACGAUUUCAAGGAUAUAUUCCUUGGUGGCCUAAUCGGGUCUGUGGUUGCACUAACUAUGUACGUUUGGUUCUUCAACGAUGCCAACGGAUUGGAGCCUGGGAUCUCGCUAAUUUCCGGCAUCCAAACUCCGAGGCUGGCGAAUUCCAAACUAUUGGAUUCAAUUCCUACGAAAACAGGCUAUGACAUUGUCUAA